GCUGUCUAGAGAAGUGUUUCUUCUUUUUCUAUUAACCACUGGUCGGAAUUGUGAAGAACCUCGCUGUUCUAAAUAUGAUUUUGAGGAAAAGGUGCUGGAAAAAAUGGUACGCAUAGAACUUCAAAUGGAGAGACUGAAACUUGAGGUGGAGCAAUGUGUUAACAGAGUUGAAAAUAUCAAGAUGGAAGUUAGCAAUCAAAUGAAAGCAAAUCAACAACAGCUUGAAAAUGGUUUUGAGACCAGUAUGAAAGAAGUCAGUAAUGUCACAUCGGCAGUUAAGGCAAAGCUUCUUGAACUUCAAGAUACUGUAACACCAACUGUUGCAUUUAAGGCAAGAUUAAAUGCCGAUAUUGCAGUGAUGGGAGGUCAGACAAUAGUGUUUCCAGUAUUAAUCUUCAAGGAAGGAGAUGGGUAUAACCCAAAUACCGGACAAUUUACAGCACCGAUCAGUGGGGUGUAUAUGUUUAGUUUAGCUUUCUGUGUCUACCCAAAGAAGACAUUGACUUUUACUAUAAUGAUUGAAGGAACAAGAUAUUCAACGUCAUUGUUCUAUGGUGAUGAUGACUAUGGAUGUUCAUCAGCUGAUACAGUUGCGAUAGUGACGGCCGGACAGAAGGUAUGGGUCGAGGUUAUACCAGGCGGUAAUACUGGCACCAUUAUAGACCAGGAUUCAUACCGAUGGAAUACAUUCUCCGGGACAUUAAUAAACAGGAGGAUUUAAUUCUGUGUCAACUUUGUAACAGCUAGUUGUAUAGUAAGGAGCCGAAUGUUCUGAUGUUAUGAGAAAACUUGUUCAUGCAUUUUUAUCAUUAAUGUUAGAUCUAAUGCAGAAAUAUUAGUGCAUUUGUUUUGCAGACUUUUUGCUAAUGAUGAUAAACAUCUUAACACUUAUCAAUAAAACUUAGCGAUGUCAAUCAUUUACUUUACAAGGUAUAUAUCAUCUGUUUUGCUAUUUCUGUCGUUUUUUUCUUUUAGUAUACAAUAUAUUCAAAUCAUUGUGACAUAUAAAAUGCUGUUAU